CUUGUUCAAACUUCUAUCAAAUACAAUAUUCCUCUUCCGUACAAUAAUACAUUAUCUCUUUACUAUUCUCUACCAAAUUUUCUUCUCUCUCUCUCUCUCUCUCGCAGCUUUGUGUGCACAAAUAGCUUCUAUUUCUGGAAUACAAGGUUGGGCUAAUAAUUUGGUUCGAACUUUGAAGUAAAGGAGAAUAAGCUAUUAUCUAGGAAAAUGACACGGAGGAGAAUUCAGAUUAAGAAGAUUGACAACACGACGGCAAGGCAGGUGACAUUCUCAAAGAGGAGGAGAGGACUUUUCAAGAAAGCUUUUGAGCUCUCUACUCUCUGCGAUGCUGAAAUUGGUCUCAUGGUCUUUUCUGCUACAGGAAAGCUCUUUGAAUUCGCCAGCUCAAGUAUGCAGCAGGUAAUUGAAAGGCAUAAUCUACAUCGAGAUAAUCUUGGCAAAAUGGACCAACUGUCUCUUGAGCUACAGCUUGAGAACGGUACCUCCUACGCCAUGUUGAGCAAGGAAAUUGAGGAGAAGACACAUGAACUGAGGAAGAUUAGGGGAGAAGAGCUCCCUGGAAUGGAUAUAGAAGAAUUACAGAAACUAGAGGAAGAGCUUGAAGUAGGCCUGAGCCGUGUUAUAGAAACAAAGGGUGAAAGAUUUCAGGAAGAGAUCACUGCCCUUCAGCAAAAGGGAGCCCAACUGAUGGAAGAAAACCAACGAUUAAAACAGAUGGAGAAUCUGUUUAGCACUCAAACGCAUGUACUUGAACAAGGUCAAUCAUCUGAGUCAAUCACCAACCUUUGCAGCUUAUCUGAUCCUCAAGACAAUGGCAGUUCAGACAUAUCUCUCAAGUUGGGGCUACAUUUUCCUAAAUGAAUUUGAAGUAUUGUGAAGAUCAAGAAGCAAUACAUGGAUUUUCUUUUCUCAAAUACAAAAGAAAGAAGGCCAUGUUUAAGUAAAUACAAAUCUUAGCUCAGAGCUGUAAUUAACUUUCUGUACAUAGGACCAAUUUGUUUCCACCAGCUGAUUCUAAGAGAGUCUGCUUGUGUAUACGGUAGAUUUUGGAUGCUUAGUCAUUUUUAUGGAUGAAUAAAGGGUCUAUUUGUUACAAUGGAAAAUGAAGUAGAGGAUGUUGGAAAAGGUUGAGUGUAGGGUUGAGACUGAUGGCAAGUCAGCUAUUGAUAAAUUGAUUCAAAAUUUUGCAAUAGGUUUUGUUUAUC